AUGUUUGUCCUCUUUGCAGAGUGGGAUGUGCUAUAUUGUUCGAACCCUACAUCACCUGGUGGCGGCUAUCGGAGUUCAAUCGGACGCCUAUUUCUCAAAACCAAUGAUAUGAUUCAGGUUGUUGAAGCCCCUGACACAGAGAGAAACAGAGUGUCUUUUUCAGUCCUGGGGCUCCUAGAAAGAGAAGUUUCAUUGAAGGGCAAACUAAUGGCUUUGGACGAAAAAUGGAUUCAAGUAGUGUUCAAGCCACUUGAACUCAAGGUUGGAGGACUGGAGUUCACACAUGAUGGGAAGAGUGAAGUAAAGCUGGAGAUUACAUACAUAGAUGAGAAGAUCAGACUGGGAAAAGGUUCAAGAGCUUCUCUCUUUGUUUUUCAGAGACGCAGACCAAUCUCAUGAAACACUCAUUUUUUUUU